CACAAUCGACUGGAAGAAGCUGUGGCUCUCUCCACGCCGAAUGCGGUUCCGCGUGCUGCAAGCGGGCGCACGCGCCACAGCGGCCCUCCUGCGCCACAGCAUGGCUGGCUGCGAAUCGUGUCAUUUGCUAGCCCCUUGGCCAGUGCCAGCCAAACCCACGGGGAUUCAGCCAUUUUCAUCCUCCCUUGCGAUCCUCACUUCCUCCGUCCUUCUGCAGGCUCACUGCUCUCUUGGAGCCGGAUCGGUCCUCUCUGGGGAUUCAAUGCCGGCCGCUGGACUUCACCCUCGUUGAAUUUCCACCGCGACCGGGCCUGCAGUGGCGAAUCUCGUUUCGACCGGCUGUCCUCUGCUCGCAUGUCAACCGGGAUUGACAGCCGACAGAACAUUGGUUGGAAUCAUUCGGACUUCUCUUCGAAUCCCCGAAGACGGUCUGCUUCCCUCUCUUCCAAAGCCGCCGCGGCUUCCGUUGAGAACCCCAGACACUCCGAGAAGUCGCCCAGGAACACUUCGUCGAGCCGUCGCAAUUCCGUCAUGAUGGCGCAGUCUCAGAGAUCGCGAAUUUUCAAGACGGGUGCGAUCGUCACUGCGGUGUUGCUGUUGCUGCUCUACGUUUCAUCCUCGAGAAGGUCGGUCCCGGUGCUUGUUAAGGAGCAACCACCCAACGUUCCCUCUUCGGUGACUACGAAGUGCACCAAGCCUCAUGACCCGUCCAAACCCCUGAUCCAAUACGCAUUGAUGAUUGAUGCCGGUAGCACUGGAUCUCGGAUUCAUGUGUAUCGAUUCAACAACUGCGGCCCCGCUCCGGAACUCGAGCAUGAGGAGUUCCAGAUGACUGAGAAGAAGAAGGGCGGAUCGGGACUCAGCUCCUACAAGGAAGAUGCUGAAGGCGCUGCCAGGAGCCUGGACCCUCUAAUGGAAGUGGCCAUGAGGACUGUCCCGGAUGAGUACAAGGCCUGCUCGCCUAUCGCAGUGAAGGCGACCGCCGGUCUGAGAAUGCUCGGUCCGGAGAUGAGUGAGAAGAUCUUGGAGGCAGUACGGCACCGUUUGGAGACGGUCUACCCCUUCCCCGUCGUCUCAAGAGAGAAGGGCGGUGUCGAGAUCAUGGACGGCAAGGAUGAGGGCGUCUAUGCAUGGAUCACGACCAACUAUCUUCUUGGUAAAAUUGGAGGACCUGAAGAGACACCUACCGCAGCUGUCUUCGACCUGGGUGGUGGUUCGACCCAGAUUGUCUUCCAGCCGAAUUUUAACAGCAAGGCCGGCGGGAUGCCCGAGAAAAUGGCAGAUGGAGACCACAAAUACUCCCUUCAAUUCGGUGGACGCGAGUUCGAGCUGUACCAGCACUCUCACCUCGGCUACGGUCUUAUGGCGGCGCGUGAGGCCAUUCACAAGGCUGUCGUGGAAGCCAAGCUGGCCUUGAGUCCUAAGGAUUUGUCCUGGGUCAAGCAGCCGAUCCCGAACCCAUGCAUUGGGCCUGGCAUGGAGCGCCAGGUGAAUCUGACCUUCGACCAGGACCACCCCCUCGGCCCCGAGAUCACGGUGACGAUGGUGGGCCCCAAGGAACUGUCGGCACCGGCACAGUGCCGCGGCCUGGCCGAGAAGAUCCUGCACAAGGAUGCCGAGUGCAAGCUGGCGCCGUGCUCGUUCAACGGGGUGCAUCAGCCGUCACUGGAGAAGACGUUUGCCAAGGAAGACGUGUACAUCUUUUCGUACUUCUACGAUCGGACCAAGCCGCUCGGGAUGCCCGAGUCGUUCACAUUGGAAGAGCUGCACCGUCUGACGCAGAACGUCUGCGGCGGGGAAGACACCUGGGGUGUUUUCGAGGGCGUCGAGGGUGCUCUGGAAGCACUGCGCGACCGUCCGGAGUGGUGUCUGGACCUCAACUUCAUGCUGGGGCUCCUGCAUACGGGGUAUGAGAUGCCGCUGUCUCGGGAGGUGAAGAUUGCGAAGAAGAUCAAGGGCAAUGAGCUUGGCUGGUGUCUGGGAGCGAGCUUGCCUCUCCUGGAACAAAACUCAGGCUGGACCUGCCGCGUCAAGGAAGUAUCAUAG